AAACGCGGGCCAAUCAUAUGAUUUCUUUACCAACACAAACUUCCGAAGUCUUAACAAAAUCAUAGCCUUGCUGGAUGGUGUGUUUUAUCACGAUAAAUACACAAUUAAGUUAGUGUUGGCGUUAGUUAAUAUGUUAAAACGAACGAGUGUGUCACAGUUGAGUUUUCGGACAGGUUGGCAGUUGCAAACUUAGGGGAGAAGAAAGUGAAAGUGUAACGUUAAACAAGCUAGCAGUCGUUGUUUACUGCCGUGUAGUCCUGACGCCAACGCCUCGACUCUGGGUUCUAGCACAAGCUAAUGAGCGGUAGGACGACGGCGUUUCUGCUUAGUUAUGUUUCAGCUUGGCUUAUUUUCUGAAAGAGUGAUGCGCUAGUACACACGAAGAUGGAGGUGGCCGUCAAAGGGAAGGCCAAGAGGAGGCACCUGAGUGCAAACGAGCUGGAACAAAGUGCAGAGGGGACUAAUGCCCUUACCCAGCCCCAUGUUCUUAACCAGGCGCAUGGCCACCGCGAUCCCAACAGGGGGCUUUACCCAAGGACACCCACCAAGCGACAGAAGUGCGCAUCUGCCUCAGGAAGUCCUGCUGGAAUACAGAGGGGUAUCAACGAUUACUUCUCUGUGACAAGAGUCAUCCACUCCAGUCCGAACAAAUCCCCCAAGCCCUGCUCCUCCACAUGCACAAAUGGACUAAUGGAGGAUGAUGAGGAUGACGAUGACGACGAUGUCAGCUUGUUAGCUGCCCCAUUGCUGCCAGAGUCUCAGGCAAAGGAGGUGGAUGAGAUGGACGAUGCAAGCUUGUUAGCUGCUGCAAUGGUGACAGAGCCUCGGGAGGAGGAGGAGAUUGACGAUGCCAGUCUUUUAGCUGCUGCAGUGGUGCCAGAAGAGGAGGAGGAGGAGGAGGAGGAGGAAGAGGAAGAAGAGGUGGAUUAUCUGGAAGGAAUGACAGCAGAGAUGUUUGGAGUUGAUGAUGAAUUUAAUCUAUGUGACAGUGACAUUCACAAUGAGGAAGAGGAGGUGGAGGCCCUCCCUGAUGCCCACUAUGGGCUCCUAGGCAGCAGCAAAGUCCUGCAGCAGCCCCAGGGCUGCAUAGAUGACCUUCCAGAGGAGGUGCUGAGGGAGGUGCUAUGCCUCCUCCCUGCACAGGACCUCUACCGCAGUGUCUGCCUCGUCUGCCAUCGCUGGAGGAACAUUGUCCAGGACACCAAGUUUGUGCCCUUUAAGAAACAGUACUACCGCUACAUGAUGAGAGAGAAGAAUACAAUGCAAGAGAUCUUAUCCAUCCUGAUGAACAGCGGCAUAACAAAUCAAGCAAUGCGACAACACAGCAUACGACACCUUGUUGUUUUAAUGGCUCAGCAUAAGGUAGGAGAGCGGGUGAAUCCGGAGGACGUUCUGAGGCGUGUUAAGAAACAUCGCCUUUUUCCUCAGGCUGAGGCUUCCAUGAGAUUACGUAUUCCUGAUAUUCAGAAAUGCUUUAACCUUGGCAUUGAGGGUCCAAACCCAUACGCAGCCAUGGCUGUGAUACUGAUCCUAAGUGAGAAUGUUGGUGAUGUGCAGGCCUUGGUGUCUCUGCUCACUGGCUGCAUGUCAAACACCGCCAUCACAGAGUACCUCAGCCACAUGGCCAUGAUGUUACUUUCUUUAACGAGGAAUAGCAUCCAGAUAAGUGACAGGUUGCAUUACAACAUCUACUACGUACUUCACCUGAUGGAGAACGGUCCCUUUUCUGUUAGCUCUAGUCAGAGCAGGCGGCCUCAGAUUCAGCUCACCAGUGAACAGCAGCGGGUCCUCAGCCAUGACAUCCAGGAAGACCAUGUGGUCAAGAUCAUAGCUUUUGCAGGUACAGGAAAGACGACCACAUUGGUGAAGUAUGCUGAGCAUCGGCCACACCUCCGCUUCUUGUAUGUGGCCUUCAAUAAGUCAGUGGCUUGUGAGGCACAGCGCCGCUUCCCCAGGAACGUGGACUGCAAGACUGUCCACUCGUUGGCCUACAGGGACAUUGGACUGAAGUGAGAAUACAAGUUUUCCCCUCGGUAGUCCCCACUGACCUGGAACCUGAAGCCAUUUACCAUCAGCUCUGUUCUGCCUGAAGGCCGAGGUGGCUUUGGUAAAGCCAAAGUAGUAAUCACAACUCUCAACGCCUUCAUGGCUUCAACAGAUGAGCACAUCACCAUCGAACAUGUCCCUUUUGCCCACGUAACUAAAACUGGCAAUAGGAUGGGCAUAAACAUUGCUGAAAGACCGGUACACAUUAUUUGUUUGGUCCAGGAUGCGCAGAUGAUCUGGGAACAAAAUGAAGGGAUCUCAAAUGAGACAAAAAUAGAAGCCUAUCACAUGACUCAUGAUGGUUACCUUAAGUUAUGGCAGCUCCAAGAACCAAGGCCCUGCCUGUCUGACAAAUACGAUGUCAUUUUCAUCGAUGAGUCCCAGGACUGCACUCCCAGGUAAUCCAUCAUGGAUGUGCUGCUGUCUCAGCGGUGUGCUAAAAUCCUGGUUGGAGAUCCUCACCAGCAGAUCUACACCUUCAAAGGAGCUGUCAAUGCCCUGAAUGUUGUUGACCACACACACAUCUACUACCUGACACAGAGCUUUCGGUUUGGUGCUGAGAUCGCUUAUGUGGGUGCCACCAUCCUAAAAGUGUGCAAGAAAGUUGAGAAGAUUCUUGUAGGAGGAAAGCAGAAGGGGGGUGUAUGUGACGAGACUGCAGUCAAAGUUGCAGAGGCUAUGGAGACCGGUGUGAGUCACAACCGGGGGAAGAUAGCCAUCUUGUCGAGAUCUAAUCUCAGUGUGUUCAGUGUAGCUGUAGCUGACGGAUGCCAACCACAGUGCCGGAUCCACUUCAUAGGAAAUGUCAAAAAUAUCGGCCUGGAUAAAAUCCUGGACAUCUGGCAUCUGAUGAAGGGCCAAGAGCCAGACCAUCAACCAAGAUUCAUCAAGGAUCCCCUCAUUCGCUCCUUCGCAAAGAGAAGUCAAACUGCCUUCUUAGCCCUGAGGACGUACAUCGAGCAGACGGAGGACUUGGAGCUUGGGGCCAAACUCAACAUCGUUGAAAAAUAUAGAUGUCGUAUCCCCU